GGGUGUGUGCAGGCUCUCUCAUUCUGCUCUUUCUCUUCCUCAUUCACAGACGCCACCGCCGCCGCUGUCAGCACCAGCAUGUCUUACAGUGUGACUCUGACCGGACCUGGGCCCUGGGGUUUCCGUCUGCAAGGGGGCAAGGACUUCAACAUGCCCCUCACUAUCUCCCGGAUCACACCAGGCAGCAAGGCGGCCCAGUCUCAGCUCAGCCAGGGUGACCUGGUGGUAGCCAUCGAUGGUGUCAACACGGAUACCAUGACUCACCUGGAGGCCCAGAACAAAAUCAAGUCUGCAAGUUAUAACCUGAGCCUCACACUGCAGAAGUCCAAGCGUCCUGUUCCCAUCUCUACAGCACCACCCCAGAUUCAGUCCCCAAUGCCAGUGAUCCCUCACCAGAAGGACCCAGCUGCGGACACCAACGGCAGCCUGGCAGCACCCAGCCCUGACCCUGAGGCCAGGGCCAGCCCAGGCAGCCCAGGCACCCUGGAGCUCAGGCAGACCUUUAGCUCCUCCUUCUCCCAGGCCUCCGUCUUCUCCUCACACACAGAGGCCUCUGACCCUGGCCCUCCACAGGGCAGCCCAAGGGCCAAGAGCAGCCCGGAAGGGGCCCUGGACUCACUCAGCCCUAAAGUGCCACCGGGCUCAAAUCAGCCGAGGCAAUAUAACAACCCCAUUGGCCUGUACUCAGCAGAGACCCUGAGGGAGAUGGCUCAGAUGUAUCAGAUGAGCCUCCGAGGGAAGGCCUCAGGUGCUGGACUCCUAGGAGGUGCUGACUACCAGGAACGCUUCAACCCCAAUGCCCUGAAGGACUCAGCCCUGUCGACUCACAAGCCCAUCGAGGUGAAGGGGCUGGGUGGCAAGGCCACCAUCAUCCAUGCGCAGUACAACACACCCAUCAGCAUGUACUCGCAGGACGCCAUCAUGGAUGCCAUUGCUGGGCAGGCCCAGGCCCAGGGCAGUGACUUCAGCGGAAGCCUUCCUGUGAAAGACCUUACUGUAGACAGCGCCUCGCCUGUGUACCAGGCUGUGAUCAAGAACCAGAACAAACCGGAGGAUGAGGCUGACGAGUGGGCCCGCCGUUCCUCCAACCUGCAGUCUCGAUCCUUCCGUAUACUGGCUCAGAUGACAGGGACAGAGUUCAUGCAAGACCCUGAUGAAGAAGCACUGCGAAGGUCAAGGCCCCAGGGCUCUGCCUACAAUCCUGCCACUGCAACCUCUCCAGCACCUGCCACCCAGAUGUACAGCGAGGCCCCUGCAGCCCCUGCACCCAAACCCCGGGUUGUCACCACUGCCAGCAUCCGGCCUUCUGUCUACCAGCCAGUGCCUGCGUCUACCUACAGCCCAUCCCCAGGGGCCAAUUACAGUUCAGCUCCUUACACCCCCUCACCUGCCCCUGCCUAUACCCCCUCACCUGCCCCCACCUACUCCCCUUCCCCAGCACCCACCUAUACCCACUCACCUGCCCCUGCGGCUUAUAGCGGAGGCCCCGCAGAGCCUGCCAGCCGCCCACCAUGGGUGACAGAUGACAGCUUCUCCCAGAAGUUUGCCCCUGGCAAGGGCACCACCUCUAUUAGCAAGCAGACACUGCCCCGGGGGGCCCUAGGCAACAGCCCCGUGGGUCCCCCCCUUGCCAGAGGCAUCAUCCAGAGGGCUGAGCGCUUCCCAGCCAGCAGCCGGACUCCACUCUGUGGCCACUGCAACAACAUUAUCCGGGGUCCUUUCCUGGUAGCCAUGGGCCGCUCCUGGCACCCAGAGGAGUUCAACUGUGCCUACUGCAAGACCUCGCUGGCAGACAUGUGCUUUGUGGAGGAGCAGAACAAUGUUUACUGUGAGCGUUGUUAUGAGCAGUUCUUUGCUCCAGUCUGUGCCAAGUGCAACGCCAAAAUCAUGGGGGAAGUGAUGCAUGCCCUGCGACAGACGUGGCACACCACCUGCUUCAUCUGUGCGGCCUGCAAGAAGCCCUUCGGGAACAGCCUCUUCCACAUGGAGGAUGGGGAGCCCUACUGUGAGAAAGACUAUGUCAAUCUGUUCAGCACCAAGUGUCAUGGCUGUGAUUUCCCCGUGGAGGCUGGUGACAAGUUUAUUGAAGCCCUGGGGCAUACCUGGCAUGAUACCUGCUUCAUCUGUGCGGUCUGUCAUGUGAAUCUGGAGGGGCAGCCUUUCUACUCUAAGAAGGACAGACCUCUCUGCAAGAAGCACGCUCAUGCCAUCAACGUGUAGAAAGCCCAGGGCAUCUGCUGUGGUCAAGCCAGGAGCUGCUGGCAACAAAAGCUUCAAGGAGGCUGAUAUUUCUUUGGGGGGAAAUGGGGAAGACAGGAAGCAACUAAAAACUUUUGAAGUAUAAUUUUAGUCCUUUCUUCAGCAUACAAAUCUUGUAUUUACAUAAUUCAGACUAGAAGCCAAAUGAAGAUUCUAAACCAAGUCAGUAAUUAAUCCAAGACUGGAAUUGUACUUCAAACAGUUCAGGACAGAAUUCCAAGAACUUAAAAAUGAAAAACAAUAAGUAACUUUCCCAAAGUGAUACAUUUUGCUGAGGUCUCCAGAGCAGAAACAGAGCUCAGAGCAGUUAGAGAAUCUGAAGAAUUCUGUGGAGCUUUUUAGAGCUCUUCUGGCAAAUAACUUAAAGUGCCAAACGGUACUCGCUGCAGGGUAUUUUUAGAGCCAUAGCUGAGAGCUUGUUAGCUAAGACCAAUUGGGCUUUCCUCACCAAAAAAGGAAGUGUUAUUCCAUUACUAACGUCAUGGAGAUACUACCUCUGUGCAUCAGACUUUAGACCUUGAAUGACUUGAACGUUCUAGAGGAAAUCCAGAGAGAUGUUUUCUGGCAAUUGCUGAGUAUUCAACAUGUUUUUGAGAAGGUCUCACACUUCAGACAUCUGAGAACAGAUAGACUGUUCACCUACCUUCUUUGAGUCUGAAACAGCCAAUAUCCCCAGAAAGUUUCACUCCUUUUUUGAGUUGUGAUGGGUAAUUGAAAUUGGGAUUUUCUUAUUUAGCUUUGCUGUGUGUGGGAGAGGUUUUUUUUUUCCCCCCUCUUUUUCCUUUUCCUUUUCUUUCCUUUCUCUCUUUCUUUAAACCAGAGCACUGCUCAGCUCUGACUAAUGGUGGUGUCAGGGAUUGAACCUGGGACCUCAGAGCCCUAAGCAUGAAAUGUUUUUGCGUAGUCAUUAUGCAAAAUCUCAUCAUCAAACCAAGAGGAGGCUUUUAAAUGACUCUGGGUUGUUUGGUUGUCUUGCUUUAAGAGGUUCCUCAGCAUGAGUGGCUAGUCUUGUGCAUGUUUUUCAUUCCCAAUCCUGACUGCUCACUUCUGAAGUCUUCCUCAGCACUGUCCCCCACUCAACAGCCCUAGUGACCUGUGGAAAAGAGACGGUGUCUGAAGCAGGAUGGCAGAAUAAGCUGAAAACAGGCCCAAACUCUGGGUAAUGAAGAGGAAAGAAACUUUCUUUCUGCCGGUCUCAAUAAGAGUACUCAGGAUGGCUAGAGGUCCCACCUCAGACAGGCAGCACCCUUCUCUCAAGUUCCGUAAAAUGUAGCACACCAAUUAUGUGCCAUUGUGUUGAUUGCUAGAAGGAAAAGAUAGAGCGUUGUGCACUCAUUUGCCAUUUGGGCUAGUAUUUUUGAAACUAUCUGAGCUGAAUUAACCUAGCAAUUAUUUAAGUAUGCAUUAAAAUACCUUCAAGUCUUUAAACUUCUUUUAAAAAUAUUCAUGAAUAGUUUGAGUUAAAUAAGCAUUUUUAAAGCUGUUUGGUGGUAAAAGGGAGAAGCUAAGUUUCUGGAGCUGGCAAUAAUAGACUCUUUCCCUUUUAGAAAGCACUGUUAUGCUUGUUGAAAAUGGCGUUGAAGCAAGUAGUGUGAGUGGAUGUUUCUCACUUGAGCACAACACUUACAGCUAUGUAUCUAAUAGGAGGCCUGUGUUUGUUUUUUCCCAGCUGCCUUGGGGAGUACCAGGAAGGACAGAAACGUGUUUCUACCAUAGGGCCUUUCUUUAUCCGAAGAGAAAACACCAAGCAGAGUAAAAUCUGCUGGGAGUGCCUCCAGAUUUUUCAGGUGUUGCAAACCAAUACCUUGGAGCAUUCUGUUAUUUUUGGAGAGUUCAAAUAUACAGAGACAAGAAGGUUGCUGACUGUACAGAAUGUCUCUAGGCAGGUUUCUUUUUUUUUUUUUUUAAUUUAUUUGAUUUUGUUGCCCUUGUUUUUUUAUUGUUGUUGUAGUUAUUAUUGUUGUUAUCGCUGUCAUCGUUGUUAGAUAGGACAGAGAGAAAUGGAGAGAGGAGGGGAAGACAGAGAGGAGGAGAGAAAGAUAGACACCUACAGACCUGCUUCACCACCUGUGAAGCGACCCCUCUGCAGGUGGGGAGCCGGGGGCUCAAACCAGGAUCCUUCUGCCGGUCCUUGCACUUUGCGCUAUAUGCGCUUAACCGGCUACACUACGCCAGAUUCCUGCAGGUUUCUUUUUUUCUAAAAAAAAAAAAAAGAAAGAAAGAAAAGAAAUCUACGGGGAGGGAGAGACAGCUGACAACCAUGUGGAAGUACCACAGUACUGGGGUGAAGCUCUCCUGCUAUGGUCUGGUCUAUUUCUCUCAGUGCCUGUUUGAAAGAGGCAGUCAGCCCUGAAGCAGUAAAAUUUCUCAUGUAUGAGGCCUUGGCUCCACAAAACAAACAAACAAAAAUCUAUUAAGUUAUCAGGGGCUAGUCUCAAGGAAAGGAGAAAUAGAUCUCUAGAGUUAAGUUUGCAAAAUACAGUUUUAAAGGGUUUAUGCACAUGCAUAGAAAUGAGUUCAUUAAAAAGUGUUUAUCAUUGAAGUGGAAAGUAAAAUUUCAUAGUCACAUAUGAAUUGGUUUUUCUAUAUCUUAGGGCAGGUAUAGAUUCUGAGGGACGUUUUUAUUUACCAAAACACAAAACAAACUAAAAGCAUUCUAAAUGUAGCAGGGAAUAGAGGUACUUUUGAAUAUGGUUCCAUUAAAUGUAAGUUCAGAGAAGUGUCAAGGAUAAGGAUGUAGCUAUUUCAAGUUAACAUAAUCAAUGUACUUCAACACCAAACACAGCUUUUAAUAGUUCAUGAAGAAAGGACAUUGUGGAUCUGUAGUUGUUAUCUCUUCAUUGUUGACAUUUAUUUAACAUUUAUAAACAUUAACACGUUGCACCUGAGUGACUUGUAUCUGCAGUGCUGGUGUUAGGAAUCUAGCUUUUAUAAUGUUAACUUUUCAACCCAGGUACUCUUACCUUUUUUUUUUUUAAUAUGUUAGAAGUGGAAUGUAGUGUGUUGGAAGUGUGCAUAAAAAUAUUUUGCAUGUUUUUUCUUUAUUUUGUGGGGAGGUAGUGGGGGAGUGUGCUAAUUUUACUUUUUGGUAAAAUAAAAUCCAAAAGAGAAUAUGCAAAUACAA